UCCCCCCUCAUCUUUAACUAUUUACUUUCCCCCUCUCUAGAAAGAGAGAGAGCCAUCAGCAUCACCUGGGUCGAAUCCUGCUUUCGUGAAGAGAUGGGAACUACAAAACGGGAAAUCAAAUGCGAUACAUUUAGUCUCUCUCCAGAGUGCGCGAUUUCCUUCGGGGGAAAACCGGGGUCUGGUUGUUUUGGCUUUUAGCUUUUUCCGGCAAGUCGUGAAUGUUUUUGAGCUUGGCGAGUUUCUUAACCGGGGUCUGGUUGUUUUGGCUUUUAGCUUUUUCCGGCAAGUCGUGAAUAUUUUUGAGCGUGGCGGGUUUUUGAACACUUUUCCCGGCCACUUCGAUGAUUCUUUCGCUGUUGCCAAUCGUCAAGUUAGGGAGAGAGAGGCGGACAGUGAAGGGUAUGUGUAGGUAGAGAGUGGGAAAAAAAAAGUAGAGGGGACAGGUACAGUGAGGGGUUGGCCACUAUGGUCGCCAUCUCUUGGCCGGUGGCUCCCCCCGUGAGAGAGUCGCUCUCGAGCUGUAGAACACGGUUUAACUGUAUAAACAUGGGGAUUUCUAGUCCCUCUUCUGUUGGGGGUUUUUGGUGGUGUUCUAUUCUGAAAACUCUUUCUUAAUUCUCGUUUUUUUUGGAGAUUGUGCUAGUGCUUAUCGGAAGUGUGGGUCUCAUCCGAGUCUCCUUCUUUCUUCGUUUUCUCACUCUUCUGUUGGGUGAGGAGUAUCCAUAGAGAGGUACACUCUCUCCCCUCUCGGGGUUUGGGUUGUUUGUUUAUGGAAGUGAGUCUUCUCGCCUGUUGGGGUUUGGGUUUAAUCAUGGAGUCUUUCUUUGUCUCUCUAUAAUCCUCCCUUGAGGCUGUGAUUGUGCACAAUUCUGAAUAAUAUCACCCAACUCUUUCUCUCUCUAGGUCCAUUGGGUUAAUGGAACAUCAUCAAUUGAACAACGAGAACCGAAGAGGGGCUUUCAUAUACACAACUUCUCCUUUCUAUGGUGGUGAGAACAUGGAGUGUCAUGGCCCAGAUACCACCACCACUUCCAUGAUGGCUCUCAUGACCCAAAAUCAAGACCAACAACCACAAUUGCAUCAAAGGCUCAUGGCUCCUCUACCCAUUCAUUUAUUAAGAGGGCAUGAAAGCCAAUCCCCCCAGUCUUUCCAUCUCUCAAGUCAAAGCUUGAAGGCCGAGCCAGCAGGGUUCGAUCGAGUGGUGAGAUCUGAGCAUUAUAGGGCUCAUCCGGGCGAGGUGGUGGCGCCUAGGGUUUAUGCGAUGAUGUUGCAGUCACAUGAGGUGGAGAAUGGCUCUAAUAAUAACACCAACAACGAUGAUAAUGCUAUCAAGGCUAAGAUCGUUGCUCACCCCCAGUAUUCUAGCCUCUUAGAGGCCUAUAUGGAUUGCCAAAGGGUCGGAGCGCCGCCAGAAGUCGUGGAUAGACUGAGUGCCAUAAGCCGGGAAUUGGAAACCCGGCAGCAUUCGUCAGCGAGCGUUGGAGCUGCUGGAUCCGAUCCGGAACUUGACCAGUUCAUGGAAGCUUACUAUGACAUGCUGGUAAAAUACCGGGAGGAGCUAACGAGACCCAUUCAAGAGGCAACCGAGUUUCUGAGGAGGAUAGAAUCGGAGCUCAACUCAAUAAGCAACGGAUCGGUACGACUCUUCUCUUCAGGUGAUUUUCAGUUGCAUCAAUUGGUAUCUAAGCAAGAUGACAAAGGUGAUGGGGCUGAUUCAUCUGAAGAGGAUCCAGAUGGAAGUGGUGGAGAAACUGAGCUUCCAGAGAUUGACCCACGAGCUGAGGAUAGGGAACUGAAAAACCAUCUACUAAAGAAGUACAGUGGGUACUUGGGCAAUCUCAAGCUUGAACUUUCCAAGAAAAAAAAGAAAGGAAAACUGCCCAAGGAUGCAAGACAAACGUUACUCAGCUGGUGGGAUCUGCACUACAAAUGGCCUUAUCCCUCGGAAACAGAAAAGGUGGCUCUGGCUGAAUCAACUGGUUUGGACCAGAAGCAGAUAAAUAAUUGGUUUAUAAAUCAAAGAAAGCGCCACUGGAAACCUUCAGAGGACAUGCCAUAUGUUGUAAUGGAUGCCCAUCAUUCCCAAAAUGCAGCUUUGUAUAUCGAAGGUCACCUUGUGGGUGAUGGUUCUUAUCGUUUGGGUCCAUGACCGCAAAAAUAAGAUAUCAAGAUCAUGGCGUGUUGUAAUAAUAUGACAUGGUUAGUAUUGUCUGCAUAUAAUAUAUCACCCCCUUGCCAUGUACAAUAUUUAUGAAAACUACGAAGCUACUGUUACUGCUGUCCUGACCAGUUUUGGUCUUCGUUUUCUUUUUCAUUUUUUUCUUUUCUUUUUUGUUUUUAUAAUAGAGGAGUGGGUGUGGUUAUUGUUUUACUUUAGCACAAACUAUCCAUUGUGUUUAAUUUUGAUGGGAAAUUUCAGUUAUAGCCAUGACAAUGUUUUGUAUAUAAAAUGAAAAGGUACAAGCAUUGAUGCAUGGUGGCGCUAACUUGAAGGAAUAUUAGAUGAA